CAUGAGGAAAAAUAUAAAAUGAAGGAAAGCUGGGAUUAGAUCGGAGCCUGAUAAAGGUCGAUUUUCACACUUGGUUACGUGCUGGGCAAAAUCUCGCUGCCUGGAUUCGGAGCUGAUUCCCUGCCGCUGUUAUUUUUUGAAUUAUAUAUUAAACCUCGCACGCAACGCACAUAAUUUUUUUCGCCUUCCCCCCGCAACUUUUACGCAUCCCAUAUUUUCUUCCCUUUUACUCACCUCCUUUCGGAACACCAAACCCGGCCGCCGGAAUCCUGUUUCCAUUCGGAAUUGCAUGGCGGGAAUAUUUUGCGCAAACUUUCCUCGGCAUCCUUGGACUGAAAGGCCUUCCGCAGGUUUUUUGUGAACUGUUUCUGACUUCUCGGAAAGUUACAGACUUUCCCAUCGAAAACAGACCAAUUCUCUUGACCGAGGCACCACCACCACUGCCGCCGCAUCUAUUCAACUUCAGACUCUCCGCCAGUCGCCGCCAGAAAAUGGGCUCGCGAUAUGCGGAGGCGGCGCAACAGCAGCGGAGCGAGGGCGCCAGUCCGCCCGAAUCUGGCGGCAAUGCGUCGAAUCAAGACGACAACAGCCGCCGCACCAUCACGUUGGAGCGGUGCGAGAGCAGCCACAAGAUGACGAGUCGCCGCACUGCGACGGCGCGCAGUCGCCCACCCGACAUCGGCAUCCUCGCCGUCGAGUUGUACGUGCCCAACUUGUACGUGGACCAGGCGGAGCUUGAAAUUUACGACGGCGAGGCUCGCGGCAAAUACACAAACGGCCUCGGCCAAGAGGAAAUCGCAUUUCCUAGUGACCUGGAGGAUGCAGCUUCAAUGGCAAUGACUGCAGUGGACAUGCUUAUGACCAAACACGGCGUGGACUGGGAUAUGAUAGGCUUAGUUCAAGUCGGCACAGAGACUCUCAUCGACAAGUCCAAGCCCAUCAAAAGCUACCUCAUGCAAUUGUGGGAGGCUCGCGGGUCCCGCAACCCCGACAUCGAAGGCGGCGACUGCAUCAGCGCCUGCUACGGCGGCGUGGCGGCCGUGUUCCACGUGCUCAACUGGCUCGAGUCCACCGCGUGGGACGGACGAUUCGCACUCGCCGUCGCCACUGACGUGGCCAUCUAUGACCGCGGCGCCCUCCGUCCCACGUCAGGCGCCGCGGCGAUCGCGUUGCUAUUUGGCCCGCACGCGCCUCUCAUUGUCGAGCCCGGGCUGAGGACGACGCAUUCGAAACACACUUAUGACAGUUAUCGGCCCGUGCCCGAGUCCCAGUACCCGCUCACGUUUCAAGAGCUGGCGGAUGAGUCCUACUACAAAAGUAUGGAGGACUGCUACCUGCGGUUCUGCAAAAAGUGCGAGCACCGUGGCAUCUUCUCUCGUCAAACCGGGCGACACAGUUUGUACGACUUCGAUUCAAUCGUGUUCCAAUGUCCGAACGUGCGCAUGGUGGAGACAGCGUUCGCCGUGAUGUACUACGCGGACUACACACGGGCAACGGCGUCCGAAAAGGCCGCCUAUUACCCGGGCAUCCGCGCCGAACGUCCCAAAGAUGGCAAAGACCUUUACGCCAAAAAGUUCGUGGCAGAAUUGACCGUGUCCACGCGCAGAUUGUUCGAGAAGAAAUCUCUGACCAGUGUGGCGUUGCUAAAGCGCAUCGGAAAUGUGCACACAGCGUCCGUUUUCGCAGGACUUAUAUCAGUGCUCAUCACAACGCAGCCUGAAGACCUCAUAUCUCACAGGAUAGGAAUCUUCGGCUACGGAAACGGGAUGACAGCUUCGAUGUUCGCGAUCGACAUCAGCGAGGACCCGGAUACACUCAACAGGCUACUCGAAGGCAUAGCAGACAUCAACGCGCGGUUGGAAGGUCGGAAAAAACUAACUCCAGACAAGUUCGUCGAGAUGAUCGAACGACGGGAAAAAAGCAGCUUCGCUGCCCCGUUUCGUCCCCUUGACAACCCUUCCAGUCUUCGCCCCGGUACUUGGUACUUGGAAUCGGUCGACUCCAUGCACCGACGCGUUUAUAAACAAUUCGGAAAAAUCCAGCGACUGACGUUCCAGAACGCGGCGCCUUUUUGUCAGAGCAACGUUUGGACACUUCUCAAGCACCGUGAAGAAGGAUCAAACGCCGAACCUCAGUGAUAUUGAGAUGAAAAAAAAGAAAAAAUGUGGCAGCAAAACCCGUCACCGGAAUAACUAGGAAGCAACCUCACCCGCAAAAAAGGCAUAACCACCGCCGGGCCCAUAGUGGUCCUUGCCGUCGGUCACGUCAUAGACCCGACCGAGAAUCGCCAGGAAAAUCUUGCCAUCAGUCGGGUUCGAGAGCUGUUCUGACUUGAAAAUGCGCUCAGGUUGCAAGUCGUCUUCCACUGCCAGGCCCUGAUCCGCCAUUAACUUGGCCCAGUCCGUUUCCAGCGUCUUCUUCGGGCUCAGACCCCAGUAACUUCAGAAACCCCCUUCUCGUUAUUUCUCAACUCUCCGUCGCAUUUCGUGUUAAAUAAAUCCAGUUCUUUCUA